AGCUGUGGUGCUGGAUGGAUGGGUCGACACCUCCAAGGGAAUCUCCUCUUCAGUCCUCAUCCACAUCUCUCUCCUUCUUUCUCUCUCUCUCCUCUCUCCCCCCCCCCCCCUCUCUCUCUCUCAUGCAAAGCACACCAUCUUCAUCUUCUUUGAUAUGAGAAUCCAGUCUCAUAUGAUUCAAGAUUAAUUGAUUUACCUAAAUUCCCAUCUUGAAUGCAACCCACUAGUUACCAGCAAGGGUUUGGCAACUGAGAUCUAAAUUCUAUGGCAUACAGCUAGCUAGCUAGAUGUGAAAGUUGCUAAUCCAUUUGUUGUGGAUGAGAACAUGUCCAAUCUGACUUGUGCAUCUGGAGAUUUAAGCGCUUCUGCCAAUUCGAGUAUCAGAAAUGAUUCAUCAUCUUCAACACAACAGCAACAACCACCGCAAAAGAAAAAGAGAAAUCUUCCAGGCAACCCAGACCCAGACGCUGAAGUGAUAGCCUUGUCCCCCAAAUCACUCAUGGCAACGAACCGAUUCGUUUGCGAGGUCUGCAACAAAGGGUUUCAGAGAGAGCAGAACCUUCAGCUUCACCGGAGAGGCCACAAUCUGCCAUGGAAGCUAAAGCAAAGGACAAACAAGGAGGUGAGGAAGAAGGUGUAUCUGUGCCCGGAACCGACAUGUGUCCACCAUGACCCGUCGAGGGCUCUUGGAGACCUCACAGGGAUCAAGAAGCACUUUUCCAGAAAGCACGGUGAGAAGAAGUGGAAAUGUGAGAAGUGCUCGAAGCGAUAUGCGGUUCAAUCGGAUUGGAAAGCUCAUUCUAAGAUCUGUGGCACAAGAGAGUAUCGAUGUGACUGUGGAACCCUUUUCUCUAGGAGGGACAGUUUCAUCACUCACAGAGCUUUCUGUGACGCUUUGGCACAAGAGAACAGCAACGCAGCUAGAGCCAUAAACCCACUUCUCUCCUCAUCACUGCCCCAACUCCACGGUGGCUUCCAACCUCAUCACCUAUCCCAUCAUCACGUGAAGAGAGAAGUACAAGAUCUUCAGCUACAGCUUCCGCCGUGGAUGGGCGGCGAAGCAGCCGCCUCAGCUGGUCCAUCUCAUCACCUCUCUAGCAAUAUAAACCUAUCCUCAUCGUCACCAUUGUUCUCCACCUCUUCAUUCGACCACCAGCAGUCUUUUCUGCACCAAAACCCUAACCCUAGCUCAUCGGAUUUCCAGCCCUCAGCUUCUGCUCACAUGUCAGCCACUGCUUUGCUCCAAAAGGCGUCAGAAAUGGGCGCCACUGUAAGCAAGCCUUCCUCGAUGUUUCUCAAGCCCCAUGAUCAACAACACCAAGCUUCCCACAUGAUGCCGGAAACGACAGCGUUUGGCUCUUUCAUGGAGCAGGCUGGUGCCAACUCUGGCGGCGCAGCAGCAGCUUCUAAUAACUCUCUUUUGCAUGAUAUGAUGAUGAUGACUUCUCAUCUGCAGCAACCUUCUUCCGCGGCUCGUGGCGGGUUUGACCAGCUUUCAUCCUCGUCAUCCUUUGGAGAUCAUCAUCAUCAGGGCUUCAAUGGAUCUAUGGUGAUGGGUAGUUUCGCUGAAAAUGUUAACCCUUCCCCUCAGAAGAAACUAAUCACCGGGGAAUCUCAGCUUCGGAGGACUAGUAGUACUACUGAUGGAGGAGGAGGAGGUGGCGGCAGCGGCGGUGGCGGGAUGAAUGAGGGAAUGACAAGAGAUUUCUUGGGUCUGAGAGCAUUUUCUUCUCAAGAUGAUCAAGACUUUUUCAACAUGGCUGCUGCUCAUGGACUCGACCAGCAUGUGGUGAAUUCUACUUCUUCAGCUAAUUACAAUGGACAGCAGCAUAAUCAUCAGAACCAGACUUCUUGGCAAGGUAAUUGAUCAGCUAGCAGUGCACUGAUCGAAGUUAGAUAUAUAGGAAUAGGAUCCAUCAUUUCCUUCAUUUCCUUGAGAGAGAGGGAAAGAGCAAUUACAAUCUAGCUUAUUGUCUAAGGCGUAUUCAUCAAUGUGGUUAAUAGACUUCUAUUUUGAAUAGUGCUCUAAUUAUGCACUCCUCACUUUCUUAAUUUUCGUCUUUUUUAUAUGUAAACAUCUUUUGUUGCUGUUUUUUUUUUUUUUUGGAUUGCUCAGUUAAUUUGUAAUUUAUUGUC